AUCCGCCGGAUAUGGCUGCCCUCAUGGCCGCAGCAGGCUCGCCCGAGGCUGCGCUGCUUGCAAUGUGGAAGGAGAAGCAGAGCCAGGCCAGUCACAACCAGCAGCUCUGGCGGCUAGUCGAGAAACAGCGAGCCAUGGUCAUUGGGCUACAGAAGGACCUCGAGCGUGCACUCAAGGACAAGGAUCGCUACCGCAAGAAGAUGAAGGAGUACGCUGAGCAGGCACAGCCAGUGCCUGGAGCACUGCAGCGGUCUGACACCUUCGAUUCUGUUGUGGGACGCGAGCACAGCGAAUCACCGGCACCCAGCGAGAGACCUGAGGAACCUGUCAAACCAGCCGAGUCAGCUCCGGUUGAGCACAAGGCCGCGCCUCAGACACAAGGGCAGUUUGCGACACAACUGUAUCCAGAGUCUCAGCUACCAACAUCGCCCGCUCAUUCCUUGAUUGCAUCGCCUACUGCAUCGAGCAUAAACUCAGCAAUCAACUCGCCAACAGACUACUCUGUCAAACCUCUUGCCCUUGGCAACAAAGGGCUUGGGCUAAACGCUGCACUGCAGGAGAACACACUCGACUCGCGAGUAACGGAAAAGGCUCCACGGCCUGUGACCCCACCACGGCCUGACACUGCUACAUCGUCAGGCUCCAACGGCACGACGCUGCAGCCACAGCUCGCAGUAACUCAGGCAACUCCAGAGCUUCGUAGCGGCGGUUUCAGCUCUCCUCCACGAAAGCCUGCACAGCCUUUGCGAAAAGCCCCACCUGCUCCUCUCAACCUGUCCAAGCCGGUAACGACGAGCGCACACCUGCACCAAGCGAGCAACGAAGACGACGAUGACUCCGACUACGACGAUACUCUUGAAGUGGAGGAGAUACCGAUUGUGGCGGAAAGAGGGAGAAGAAAGACGCGCGAGGACGAUGAUCGUGCCCGUGAAGCCGUGGCGUUGAAGGACGAAGAAGCGAGGAGCAAGUCGGCGAAGAAGAAGAGUGAAAGCAAGGGCAAGUCAAGAUCCACGCCUGUCGAAGCUCCAGAAGACGACCCCGUACCUCAAAUGGUUGCGUUGCCGCAGUCAUCCCGCCAGUUCAACCCUCUCCAGGCCGGUCUACCACUGUCACCACGCCAUCCUCCAGCUGGAUCUCUGAACGCUAUGCUCAGCCCUACAGCCUCGGAAGGCUCAAUGGUAGCAAACAGAAGCGCGUUUGCCUCACCGCUGUUGAGCCCUGGCUUGCCUACCAGUCCACGUCCUGGAGACAGACCGCCCGGUUCACCAUUGCCAAGAAAUCUCAAACAAUCAAUAGCAUCCCCACCCAUGUCACCUACCGCAACCGUACAGCCUGGUUCGCGGACCCUGCAACAGCCGGGCCCACUUCCGCCAAACACGCCUCAAUCAUACCAGUCACCUCCCGGAUCACAAGCUGAGAAACCUACGCAGUCGAAGAGAAGCCCAGACCUGUUGACGGUACCAAACGCGCAGCCAAGCCCUGACUCUACAUCCAGCAGUCCGACCCUGAAUGAUAUGCCGGACGCGGAGCACGUAUACCGGGGCCUCGUUUCUGAACAGUACCCGGGACUUCUGCUUCCGCCGAAUGCACUGCCUUCGAUCGAGGUUAAGGUGUUCUCGUCGCGUCUCCGUCCUUCCCGUCUGAGUAUCUUAGCCCCAAGGCCACAAGAGGAAGACCCUGUCUUCAUCCUUGCGAUCUAUGCGCGCUCAAACAACAAGCAGCUAUGGCGCCUGGAGAAGAACAUUGCCUCUCUUCCAGCUUUAGACGCACAGCUAAGGUCCUUGUCCGACUUCCAGGGCAGGCUUCCUGACCGUAUCCUGUUCAGCGGCCAUGCUCCUGCGAAGAUAGAUGCGCGAAGAGUUGCUCUUAACCAGUACUUUGAUGCCAUGCUGGAAACAAACAUGAGCGAGAAGGCGGCUUUGACAGUUUGUGAUUACUUCUCCACUGACGUUAUUGGCGCGCAGACCGGCGAUAGGCUAACGCCUGAGCCUACUCUAGCUCCCGCUGCCUCUGUGCCGCGUACCAAGGGCAACAAAGAAGGCUACCUGACCAAGCGGGGUAAGAACUUCGGCGGUUGGAAAGCCCGAUACUUCAUCCUUGAAGGAUCUGAGUUCAGAUACUACGAAGUGGAGGGCGGUGCCCAUUUGGGAACCAUCAAGUUGCUCAACGCUCAGAUUGGCAAGCAGUCCCAACAGCAGUCCAAUCAGUCGCCGCAGCGCCGAGACGAUGGCGAAGACAACCAAUAUCGGCACGCCUUCUUGAUUCUAGAGCCAAAGCGGAAAGACUCAGCCAGUCUUGUGCGACACGUUCUUUGUGCUGAGAACGAUGAAGAAAGAGAUGCUUGGGUCGAUGCUCUGUUGCAGCACGUGGAUUACCGCGAUGAAACCUCUCCAGUUGAAGCCAAACCUGCUGUUCCAGCGCGCCUGCAGAAGCCCCAGCACAACAAGACCCCUGACCGGUCCCUCAGUCGCGAUAGUCCAGACGCCGACCAACAGACCGACAAGCUUCAGAGCCUCAGCUACGACGACACCGUAGCAGCCGAAGCCCCAGUUCGCGGCCCGAAUCAUCGAGAUGCAAUGGGCAGCAAACCAUCAAGAGGAUCUCCCAAGAAUUCGUCUUUCUCCCAGGGUAGCAUGGGCCAUUACCCUGCGAUCUCAGCACCGAGCAAUGCUACCCCGAUACAAAACGCGGAGAAUUGGGGCAACAAGCCCGCUACCGGUCCUACCACCAUCAAGGACAAGAAGCGUAGCAUCUUCGGCUUCAGAGGGCGAGGUGGUUCUUCAGAUCUUGCACCCAUACAGGUUAAUAGCACGCCAUUGCCAAUCGUUUCGGAAACCAGGGGGCUGCCACCGAACCGCAACGUCUUUGGUAUGACGUUGCAAGAAGCUGUCGAGUUCUCGCAGCCUUUAAACCUUGGCGCUCAACUACCCUCGGUGGUCUUCCGCUGCCUGGAGUAUCUCAAGGACAAGAAGGCAAUCAAAGAAGAGGGCAUCUUCAGGCUCAGUGGCUCUAACAUAGUCAUCAAAGGUCUGCGCGACAGGUUCAACAGCGAAGGCGAUGUUCCACUUGUGGAAGGGCCUUACACUGAUGUGCAUGCUGUCGCCUCUCUCUUGAAGCUGUACCUGCGAGAGCUGCCAGCUUCCAUCUUGACUCGAGAACUCCAUCUCGAUUUCCUCAAAGUUCUUGAUAUGGACGAGCGUAGCAAGAAGAUCCAGAGCUUCAACGUGCUGGUGCACAAGCUUCCCAUCGCCAAUUUCGAGCUACUACGCCACUUGUCAUCCUUCUUGAUCGAAGUUGUGGACAAUUCUCAAUUGAACAAGAUGACUGUCCGCAACGUUGGCAUCGUCUUCGCACCGACUCUGAACAUCCCGGCCCCGCUCAUAGCCUUCUUCUUGACUGACUUCAUGGAUAUCUUCGGUUCGCCUCUCGAUGAAGCGAGCUCUCCUAUCCACGAGAUUCGCGCCAACAACACCCACCUUGGAGAUGAAGCUAUUCGAUCUCCGCGCCGACAGAUGUUCUCAGAUUUGCCCACGCCCGCCUACAACGAGACCACCUUCCAGCAACGCUUCGAUAGGCGACCGCCUCAAUUCCAGGACAGUGCCCCUCCUUCAUACCCAGCACCUCAACCUCCACAGCAACAGCAGGAGCGAGGCCGUAAUGGCAGCUACGACUCCGGUUUCAUUCCCAUGCGACCAAGCUACGAUGCUCCGCAGUAUGAGCAAGCCUACCAAAACGGCGAGGGAUACGGAAGCCUCAACAGCGCUGUCCAGGGCAACUCGAGAGAGCAGCGACAGCGUCGACGUGAGAGUGGCAUGCUUCUUAUGAACAUGGGCAUGGGUGGCCAACGCAAAGGAUCGAGCGGGUCCAGCGCAUCGAGCAACCAACGACUCCGUGAGGAUGCCCGCGCAAACCCGCUCAUGGUCCGCGAAGAGACCGCAUUCGACUAAUCGACAUAUCGCACGAUCUACUACAUUCUGUCUAAUUUCUGAACCCUAAUCUCAAGGACCCAGGACUGGAUCUGUGGGCUCUGGCAUUUAUCAUCGUUAUCGUCCCUUGUCUAUUGGAUAUCAGCAAGCGAAGACAGACCUCACCAUCCGGCGUUAUUGGGAUAUACAGCUUUAGCGUGCUUUCAUACCUACUUCGCAUACCCGCUUGCUCACCGCAGGCACUUUGUUUAUACCGUUUUUGGAGGUUUGAAUUUGGCUUCGGCCUCCAUAUUAGGGGAGCGCAGCUUUCGUUGAAUCUCAUUCGAACGGCGCAUAUUGGCGGGACACACGACGAAUUGAAUUUGCUUCGUGGUGCUGGACGUUGUAUCGAACUUGAGAAGCCACCUAAGAUAGCC